AUGAUCGACCUGUCGUUCCCUACCUCCACAGAUGGAUUCACGAGGGCUAUCUCCGUCAUCCUGACGAGCGAGAUUGGCGACCGCACCUUCCUCAUCGCCGCCAUUCUUUCGAUGCACCACCCUCGCAUCACCAUCUUCGCCGCCGCCCUUUCCGCGCUGGGUGUCAUGUCCUUCCUGUCGGCCCUUCUCGGCAACAUCCUUCCCAACCUCCUGCCCAAGCGGUAUACGACCGCAGCCGCUGCCAUCCUCUUCUUCGUUUUCGGGGCAAAGAUGCUGCGGGAAGGGCUCGAGAUGGAGGGAGGCGAAGCGGGACGCGAGAAGAUGGAGGAGGAGAUGCGCGAGGUGCAGAAGGAAGUCGAGGAGGCCGAGGAAGAGGUCACGGGACGACCGACGGGAGUUGCGCUGGGCGACAUGGAGGAGGGACGGACAUCGACGCCUGCACCGGACGCAGGCGAGCUGCCGCAGCCCGUCACGGGACGGUCACGGCGGAACAGCGUGUCGAAGACGAAGGAUAGCGCGCUUGCCGGCAUCAAGAACCUCGCGCAGCUCCUCUUUAGCCCUAUCUUCAUCCAGGCUUUCAUCCUCACAUUCCUCGCCGAGUGGGGCGAUCGCAGCCAGAUCACGACGAUUGCGCUCGGCGCAGCACAUAACGUCUGGGUCGUCACGGUCGGUACGACGCUCGGCCACUCGGUCUGCACUGGCGGCGCCGUUCUCGGCGGGCGAUGGAUCUCUCAGCACAUCUCGAUCAAGCAUGUCACUCUCGGCGGAGCUGUGCUCUUCCUCAUCUUCGGCGUCAUGUACUCGUACGAGGCCUACACGUUCACGGAGGAAGUGGUGGUGGGCACGGUACUGUAG